AUGCUUCUUACCACGAGUGUGUUCCAGCUCGCGCUCUUCUGCCUUCUUAUAAGUAACUGUCAAGCUGCCAAGAACAGCGCCACGGAAAAGUUAAACGCUCAGUUGAUCAGUACGGUCCAGGAUACACCGAGUAGUAAUGUAUCAAUGAAUCAAGCACGCAACGGAGGAAGGCGUUUGACCAGCGCUGCGCGGAAAGAGCAGGGUCAGGCACAGAGCCAGGUGGGCUGCAGAGAGCUGCGUUCCACCAAGUACAUCUCAGAUGGUCAGUGCACCAGCCUGAACCCGAUCAAGGAGCUGGUUUGUGCUGGGGAGUGUCUUCCCUCCCACCUGCUGCCCAACUGGAUCGGCUCCGGUCCCGGGUACACCGGGAAGUUCUGGAGCCGCAGGGAGGCCCAGGAGUGGCGCUGCGUCAUCGACCGGACCCGGACCCAGCGCAUCAACCUGCAGUGUCAGGACGGAAGCUCCAGGACCUAUAAGAUCACUGUGGUUACCUCCUGCAAGUGUAAACGCUACUCCAGGCAGAACAAUGACUCUGGGAAUGGGAAGUCAGAGCUGGAGGUCAGGCAGGCCCAGGGCCAGGGCUCCACACUCCAGGGGCCCAAGAGGAGGAAGGGAAAGGAAGGGAAGAAUGGACGUUCUGGGCAAGAGGAUUGGGCAGAAGAACAGCCUAAAAAAUACUGA